GCCAGCAUGGACGCGGUUCUGACCCAGGACGCGGUGCUGCACUUCCUCCAGAGCAGCGGAGGUUCGGUGAAAAACGCGGAUCUCCUGCUGCACUUCAGACCCUUCCUCCGGGACCACGCGGAGCGGGACCGGAACCGGGAGCUCUUCAAGAAGUUCGUCAACUCCGUGGCCACCGUCAGGCAGACGGACGGAGUUUCUUUUGUGGUUCUCAGGAAGAAAUUCCGGGGCCAUGUUCCGGGUGGAGGCGCUGAAGGAGGAACCUCCGGGGCUCCGCGGCUCCACGCCGGGGCCAACGGCCAGCGCACGCCGGAAAACGCGCACCGCAGCCCCGGUACGAGCACGGAGAAGCCUCGGCAGAAACCGGAGGAGACAACACCCGCCCCGUCGGGAGAAACCGCCCUGAAAACAAGCCUCCCUGCAGCCGGGAUCAUGCUGAACAACAACAACAACGUGGAGGCGAAGCCUAACCCGAGACAGCAGCAGGUGAGGAGCUCACCUGUCCAGGUGGAGACUCGGGUCCAGGAGAGGACUGGAGCUGCCCCGCUGCACAGCACCAAGCUGGGGCAGCAGAGAGCGAGUUCUGGCCCCGGUACCGGCCAGCCGGAGGAGGAUGAGGAGGAAGAGGAGGAGGUCCUGGCCAGACCAGGUUCAGCAGGAGGAGCGUGGCCCCUGAACGUGCCGCUCAGUGACGCUCAGAGGGCCAUGUCGGCCUCGUCACCCUGCGUCGUGGACCCACCUGCUCCAUCCUCGUCUUCAUCGGGGAAGAAGCUGCCUCAGAUUUACGUGGAGGACAUGGAGGCAUUGACUCCUCGGGGAAGGAGCUCAGAACCUGGACCUGGACCUAGACCUGGAUCUGGAUCUCCACGCCAAGCCACAGAGGCACCGUCGCGCCACAACGUCCAGCCUGAAGGCGUCCAGGUGGAGCCCAGACGAGGAUCACAUCCGGGUCUGUCCUCCGGCCACGGCAGCAUCUUCUCACCAUCUUCUGACGCCUCCUUCUCCAGCAGCGACUGGCCUCCGUCCGGUUCCCCGAGAACGUCGAGGUGGAACAGCAGCUCUGAGGACCUGCAGGCGAGAGCAGGUGAGCGUGUGGGCGUGGCUAAAACCCACGACGCCUUCCAGCGGGUCCAAGCAGCGCAUCCCGAGUCUGCGAUGCGUCGCGGCGACGGUAAGACCACGAUACCUUGGCAUCACUCGACGGGAAAUCUCCUUGACGACCAGAAGCCUCCAGCCCGUUCGUCUCCGUUGCAUCGCUCCACCGACCAGCUCCACGACGAGCAGAAGUUUGCAGCCCGAGUGAUGCCGUGGCACCUCUCCACAGGUGACCUCUGUGACGACCGUGAGGAUGCCCAGUCCAGCGACGGCUCCGCCUCCUCUCCACAGGUGAGGCAGCGUCCCACGGUGGCCCGGCGGGUCAGCAGCCGCCUGAGGAGCCGGAUGUGCCGAAGCAUGGGGGCCGACCUGGACCAGCUGCUCCAGGAGGAGGCCGGAGGCGUCAGAGGAGGACCGGGCAGCAGUGAGGCGGCCCGGCUGAACCGCCUCCACCGGAUCUCCUCCUCGCUCAGCCUGCGCUACAACCUGUCCACCUCCUCGUUGUCGUCCUGCUCCACGCCGCCUCGGUGCGGCAGCAUCAGCAGCCUGGUGGACGUCAGCGAGAAGGGAGAUGUUAGGAGGAGCCUCCCCAUCACCUCCUCGCCUGCUCACCAUGAAGGUCGCAGUCGGCAGUCGCUGGUUCCCCUGGAGCCCAGAGAACACGCCUGGCUGGUGAAGGGGGCGGCGGGCGCCUGGCCGGACAUCUACUCCCUGUUCAGAGAGGACUCGUCGCUGCUCAACAAGCGAGACUUCAUCUCCGGCUUCACCGUUCUGCACUGGAUCGCUAAACAUGGAGACCACCGAGUCCUCAACACUCUGUGGUACGGAGUUGAAAAGGCUGGUCUGGCCUUCGACGUGAACGCCAAGGCGACGAGCGGCCACACGCCUCUUCACGUCGCCGCCAUCCACGGCAACAGAAACAUCAUUCGGCUGCUGGUUGGCAAGUUCAGCGCCGACGUCCGGCUGCGGGACACGGCGGGGAAGAGGCCCUGGCAGUACCUGAGUCGGACGGCGCCGCUCGACAUCUUCCAGCUGCUGGGAGCUCCGGCUCGAGCAGCCGUGACCGGAGAAGGUGGAGUCCAGAGAGGCGACUCCAGCUGGGAGCAGCAGCAGCAGCAUCAGCAGCAGCAACGCCGCCGCCGCCGCCACCACCUGUCCUCGGCCUCCGGACAGCGGCCGCAGACGUACACGGACGCAGCGAAGGUGAAAAGGUCGACGUCGAUCGCCGCGUUCCUCAAACACAAAUCGCUGCAUCGUUUUCACGGACAUCAGUCUGGCUCUCCUCUUUAAAGACCUCAACUUCUGGAUUAACUUCAUUUGGACGAUUCCAGGUUUACCGAGAACUUCAGUGCUGUUCAUCUGGAUUAACAAACACCCGUUUACGUCAACCUGACUACAA